CGAGAAUCAUAUCGCAUCCACAAAACAAACAGAUUCGAGUGAAACGGUUUUGACAGUAGUUUAUGAAAAUAUUGGCAUUUCUUGUCACGUUUGGAAACGAGCCAAAUAAUAAGUAUAGCAGAAGUAUUUUCAAUAGUGCAAGGUAGCCAAAUUCUUGUUGUUGUUUUUUUCAUUAUUUGUUUAAUGAAAAAGAAAAUCUGUAGACAAUUUUCAGCUCCAUUCACCACAUUUCCAGAUAUAUUUUAAUUGAAAAGUCUCAUCAAAAGAAACACAAUGGAUGAAAGCAAAGAAAUUGGCUUCCAUUUUGGAAGGGCAGACUUGGAUCGUGUAGGACUUUUCGCUGAAAUGUCUUACAUGAAUGGAAAAGGAUAUCAACCACCUUUAGAAGUUGCACCUCUUGAUCGUUCUAAAAGUUUAGCAUUUUCUGCUCCUGUUCCAAAAUGGAAAGUUGGCUUGCAAGAUUGUUAUUUUGAUACAGAAUUUAAACGAAUAUUUACAAAAGAAGCAUACCGUAGUCCUUUACAAGAUUACCUGCGAGAACAAUUGAUUAGCAAAAAGAAAAAUAUGAGUGCAAUACCUUUCAACUCAACAUUUGUAAUGAAGCAUUCCAGUACUCCAGGGGAUUUUUAUGGUACAUUUGAAGAGAACAUAAUUCCAGCUAUGAGCCCAUUAACACGCCCAGAGAAGAGAGUUCCAGAGAAGCCAAAUUUCCUUGGCUUUGUUCCUAAAAAAGGAAAUGGUGGUUAUGUCAAUAUUUGUAUCAAUAAAUAUCCAGAACGUAUUUCAAAGGUUGAUAAAUAUGAUGCUGCAAGGGAACUGUACACAAAAAGCUUUGCACAACACAAGAAAAACAUGAAAGGAGCUCCUUUUGCAGUGUCUCGAAAAUGUUCAUACUUUGAUGAGAAUCCAUAUAAAACUGACAAAAUAAUGAAAACUUACAAAGAAACGAAGGAAAAACCAUAUAGGCGAGGGCCAGAAUUUGUUGUCCCAGGUCCUGGAAAGAAGCUUGGAGGCAAUAAAAGUGGUUGUUUUGAUAAAUAUCCACCACAUAGCGCUGAUAAAUACCUUUCUGCAAAACAAAUAGAGAAAGAACUAAUAAAGAAAAUGGUUAAGCCGACACGGGACUCUGGCAUUAUGCGGCCAGCUGGGAUUCCAAAGAAAUGGAGAAUUCAAUCAGAGAUUCCAUACAACAUUCAAUUUAGAGUACAUGCAAAGAAUUGGCGAUGUGCAGAACCCUUUGUGUAUUUUAAACCAUGUUGAGCAUUGGCUGCCAAGUUAUUAUAAUUUACAGGAACUUGAAACAAAAUGUUAAUAAAUAAUUAUUUUGAAAGUGUUGAAUUUCAAUUAAUAUAAUGUCUGUAGAACAGGAAACAUAUAAUCAAAACCUAUCAGAAGUCAGAAGAUCUCUAGAUUAUAUUGGUAUUUAUUUUUAACAUGACAUUAUAAGGUAGUCUUUCACUUAGAAAGCUCAGCGGGUUAUACAAAAAUCAAUUUAUCAAUAAUAAGUCAUUUUUUUAAGGAAUGUAGUAUAAACCACAGUGAUUUAAAAGGAUUCAAUUCUUCUGUGAAGUUAUGUAGAUGUGAUGAUUAAGUGUUAUGUAUAAGUGAUGAUUAGGGUGUGAAUUUGCAAUUUUCUCUAUGGGGAGAGGGGUUGAGAGGGAUUGACGAGAGAAACAUAGUUCAGUGUCAUUAGGUGCUUCACUUUUGCAGCACAGUCUGAAUGCAUCCUACGAAUCCUCUUUGAAAAGUUAUCUUUUUUCCAAUUUUCUUGAUUUAAACAAUUCUGAAUGGAAAUCAUAAAUGAGUCACCUAUGAAAUAGAAAUGUAAUAAUUGUGUUCCUGGCAAGGAUAAAUUUACAUAUUUUUUGGAGGAAAUAUCAAACUCUCAAUAGAGAGAGGGGGGAUGGUUUUUUGGUUUUAUUUUGUAUUUUACUAGCAUGAAAAAAUAAAUGUGAAGAGGCUUAUUUGUAAACAAGCAUCUUAAGAAAAAAGUUAUUUUGUGUAAUUUUAAUCAUCAGAUUAAAGUGAUGAUGAGAAGAACUAGUACAACUUAAAACCAAUUUUUAUUGUAAUAACUAGAGAGUGGAUUUCUACGAUUUUUCUAAUUUUUGUCCCUUUCUUCAGAGCAUGGCUAAGUGAAAUUUUUUGACAUUUGCUUAGAAUUAGAAUUACUCUACAAAAUUUGCUUCUGAAAUGAUGUUCUGAUG